AUGCCUACAGUUCACUUGCUCGACUAUGUCGCGGGCAAUGUACGAUCUCUUGUAAACGCCAUCGAAAAGUGCGGAUACAGCGUUGAAUGGGUCCGUAGCCCGGAUGAGGUCGCGCGUGCAGAAAAGUUGAUUCUGCCCGGAGUUGGCCACUUCGGCCACUGUACAAGUCAGUUAGCAUCUGCCGGAUACUUACCUGCCGUUCGCGCGCAUAUCGAAGCCGGCAAGCCAUUUAUAGGGAUCUGCGUCGGGCUUCAAGCGCUGUUUGAAGGUUCAGUUGAGGACCCUGCCCAUCCGGGUCUAGGUAUAAUAAAGGGUUCUCUGGAUCGGUUCGAUGAUACCCAAAAAUCCGUUCCGCAUAUCGGCUGGAAUAGCGCCAAUGCCGGCGGCAAGAGUUUAUACGAUCUGAGCCCGCAAAGCAAGUACUACUAUGUCCACUCAUAUAAGUACCCGUACGUUAAAGGCGACCUAGAGAGCCAAGGCUGGACCGUUGCGACAGGAGAGUACGGCGGAGAGGUAUUUGUGGGCGCCGUAGCGAAGGCGAAUGUACUGGCGACGCAGUUCCACCCGGAGAAGAGCGGCGUUGCGGGACUCAGAGUGCUAAAAGCAUUCCUGACAGGCGAAGGUGCAAAGACACUAGGCCAAGACGUAACCGGACCAGCACCAACAGGUGGCCUAACAAAGCGAGUCAUCGCAUGUCUUGACGUACGAACAAACGACCAAGGAGACCUCGUCGUAACGAAGGGCGACCAAUACGACGUGCGCGAAAAGACCGACAACCGCGACGUGCGCAACCUUGGCAAACCAGUCGAGAUGGCCAAGAAGUACUACGAGCAAGGCGCGGACGAAGUCACCUUCCUCAACAUCACCAGCUUCCGGGACUGUCCGCUAGCCGACCUGCCUAUGCUCGAGAUUUUACGGCGCACCUCGGAGACAGUCUUCGUCCCGCUGACCGUUGGCGGCGGUAUCCGCGACACGGUUGAUACAGAUGGGACCAAGGUCAGCGCGCUUGAGAUCGCGACCAUGUACUUCAAGAGCGGCGCGGACAAGGUCUCCAUUGGAUCUGAUGCCGUGCUUGCUGCUGAGGAGUACCUUGCCGUUGGGCGCAAGCUCUUCGGUAACACGGCCAUUGAGCAGAUAUCCAAGGCGUACGGAAACCAAGCCGUUGUAGUCAGCGUCGAUCCUAAGCGCGUCUACGUGCCUAAGGUCGAUGCCACGCGCCACGCCACUAUCCGCACUAACUUCCGGGUCCCCGAGGCGAGGAAUAUUGUUGUACGUGCCGUAGAGGCCAUGGGUACCGGCGAGAUCCUGCUUAACUGCAUUGAUCGCGACGGUACCAACUCUGGUUUUGACCUCGAGUUGAUUAACCAAGUCAAGGCCUCUGUACGCAUUCCCGUCAUCGCGUCCAGCGGCGCCGGCAACCCAUCCCACUUCCAGGAAGUAUUCGAGAAGACGCGGACGGAUGCUGCGUUGGGAGCAGGUAUGUUCCACAGGGGAGAGUACACUGUCAAGCAAGUCAAGGAUUACCUAUCAGAAAAGGGGUUGGAAGUGAGACAGUUCGAAGGGGAAUUAUGA